AGUCUUCAAUAACCCAUCUAGCUGAAGAGAGCUCUUUAAAAUAUUAAAAAAGGAAAGAAAAUCAAUAAAAAUGCCUUCAAUGUUCCGUGAUUAUCUUGAAAUGGUUGUUGGCUUCAACCAACCAAUUACGAAAAAAGCUCAGUUCAUGAACUCAUACUUAACAGCUCUCUCGGGAAAACGUGAUAUCAGAGCUCAGGAAAAGAAACCAUCGACCGACCCUUGCACAACUCUUCGUUCUGCUGUAACCGAUCGUGUUAGCGAUAGCAACUACAAAUAUGAGCCACUCAGCACAAACAUUUAUGGGUUAACACCAAGAAAGAUUACAGCUCAGCAACAAAGAGACAGAGAAUAA